GAAAAUCAAGCCGGACUGCUCUCAUUUUAACAGUCAAAAUGGAGGAAGGAGAAAAUUCAGCUGGCACUUCUGGUGGUUCAUAUAACAAACUGAUUUAUCAUGAUGACCUCAGCGGAGACGAGCAAACUCUCUACUCAAGCCAAGAAAAACAACAAGUGUCCAUGUCCAUGGUGAGACCUGGAUCCAGUUUGGAUCAUUACAAACUUCUCACAGUGAGCCUGGCCGUGCUCGCUGUCAUUCUACUAGUAGUUGACAUCGGCCUGGGAGUCUAUUAUGGUAAACUCACUGAUGGGCAGCACACAGUAAUGGACAUCGGCAGUGAGGUGUCCAAACUGCAGGCUACUUACAACACUGCAGUCCAAAAAAGGGAUGAAGUCAAGAAUGAGUUGGCAAGUGAGAUCCGUGAGCAGCAAGUUACCAAAUGGGAGAUUGAACACCAGAAUAAAAGAAGCAAAGACUACAAAAAGAAGAGUGAUGCCCUUCAAAUGGAAAUUGCAGCAAUAAAAUCACAUAUCCCAAUGAUGAAGGAGGGCUGCAGACACUGUCUACCAGGAUGGAUUUUCAUGGAGUCACUGUGUUACUACUUCCCUUUCUCUGAUGCUAUUUCGCGCAGAGGAUGGCAGGAAGCCAGAGAGUUCUGCAUGAAACAAGGAGGUGACUUGGCAGUCGUAGACAGCCGAGAGAAACAUCUGGCAAUAAGUCAGUUGAUAAAUAGCUUUCAAGUCUCCAUAAGAUCCAUAAGCCAGAGUGGAUACUGGAUCGGACUGAGAGAUGUGGAGGAGGAAGGGACUUGGAAAUGGCACGAUGGAACAAGACUGACUGAGGGGUACUGGAAUGAUGGAGAGCCAAAUGACCAGGGUGGUGAGGACUGUGCAGCUACAUAUCCCAGAAACAAUCCCUUCAAGGCCUGGAAUGAUGCUCCAUGCACUCAUGGACUGAAAUGGAUUUGCCAAAUGCCACCAACCUUCGCGAGUUAAAGUGAUUUUUUAAAAUCACAUUUAGUGUUCAAUUUAUUGUUUGAAUGAAUACUUAACUAUGUCAUAUUUUUCUAAAUCUUUUUAUUGUCAUGUCAAUGUGUGGAGACUACAAAAAUGACAAGGAAGGUUAAAAUACAAAAAAUACAUCUGAUUUCUGAAAUGAUCUAUAAAAUGUAAGCUUUACUAUGUACAUAAAUGUAUAACUAC